AUGGCAGAAGUGCAGAGAAGACCAGGAGGAAGGCCGCUGCCUCCAUCGGCGAGGGGUCCACCACCGCCUCCUGCCACCAAGCCCGGGCCUCGCUCCGAACCCGUCGAUCGGGAGAAGACUUGUCCAUUGUUACUUCGCGUUUUCACUAAGGUUGGAGGCCAUCAUACUGAUGGGGAGUUUGCGGUGAGGGGCAAGGAACCCAAAGAUGAGGUUCAAAUUUAUACAUGGAUGGAUGCGACUCUGCGUGAAUUAACUGAUCUGGUUAAAGAGGUUGCUCCUGAGGCGAGAAGAAGAGAUGCUAUGCUGUCCUUUGCUUUUGUAUAUCCUGAUAAACGUGGUCGUUUUGUGGUUAGAGAGGUGGGAAGAACCUUUUCUUACCCCAAUGGGAGGCGACCUGACAGUGGAAGCAAAGCCUUAAGUGAGCUUAGCUUUCAGAUAGGUGAUUACUUGGAUGUAGCAAUUCUGUUGCAGUAA